GCAAUCUUAGGCGAAUGAUUUCACUUUCUUGAGUCGUAGUCAGGAAUCGGAUCGAUCCUGAGUUCCUGACUCCCAGUCAAUCCAAUACGGCCGAUUCGCGCUCAUAAACCCUAGAAUCGACCUUACAAGUCACAAUAUCAGGCGGUAAAAACGGCUUUGUGUACAUACCCGACCCGGUGAGACUCCCAGUACGACGUCAUACUCAAACUGCAUAAGUACUGCGGCGGAAGUCGGCCGAACGAAAAUACACCACCAACCUUUGGCCUUCGCCGCUGCCUUAUACUGCCCAGAACCAUAACUCCAUUCUUUGGGUAUUGAAACAGAAGAUUGCCAGUAACUUCCUCAUGCUCCGUGAAACCCUCUCCCAUUCUUUUAUCUCUUCCGUUGAACCCUGAUCGUUUGCUCCGAGACAGCGCCAGUUUCCGUAGUUGUAUACCGGUGGUUUUAGCAUCUCCAACCAUUUUUCAUUAUAGUUGGAGAAGGGUUUGUUGAGGUUUCUGGGCUUCCCAGAAGUGAGUUUGUUAAGAAGUUGGUCUCGGACCUUCAGUCAUCAUCAGAAAUUCAGAAUAAAAACAACGCUUGGUCUCAUCCAAGACUCAAAUAUUGAUGUGAAUACAAUUUUUUUAUUGAAUUUAAUCUGUUUGUCAGUUUGCCUCAUUCGUACAGAAUAUGGUGCGUUCUAAACCACCUUCGAAGAAGAAGCAGCGGGGUGUAGACUUCAAUAAAAUAAAGCGGAAGAUCGGUCGGAAACUCCCGCCACCGAAGAAUGCUACCAACACUGAAAUAAAGUCCAAAGCAAUUAUUCUCCCCGAACAGAGUGUGGCAUCGGAUAAAGCAGGUUUAGCUGUGAGCAAAAAGGGUCUGACACUAAAAGAGCUACUUCAGCAGACAUCUCAUCAUAAUGCCAAAGUUCGUAAGGAUGCAUUGAUUGGUAUUAAGGAUUUAGUACGUAAACAUCCGGCAGAGCUGAAGUUGCACAAGCUUGCUAUAGUAGAGAAGCUGAGGGAACGCAUAAGUGACGAAAAUAAAUCUGUCCGUGAAAUGCUAUAUCAACUUCUGAAAGAAGUGAUUUUCCCAGGUUCAAAAGAGGAUAUCCCAGGGCCCUUCAUUUCUUUGAUUAUGGUCUACAUUUUUAAUGCGAUGACACAUUUAUCAAUUGAUAUUCGGUUGAUGGCAUUCAAGUUUUUUGAUCUUGUUGUCCAGCACUACCCAUCUUCCUUCUUAAUGUAUGCUGAAAAGGUUCUGCAGAAUUAUGAGGAUAUCUUACGAAAGAACCAGACCUAUUUACAGGACAGGGGGAAACUCAAGAGUGCUCUUGUUGGGUUGGUUCGUGGCUUGUCACUGUUGCCUUGUAAUGAGAGAAAAGCUGAUUCAUCGGAUGAAAAAGUUUUGGAUACACAACGGACAUUGCAUGCUUUUGAGCUUGAGGUGCCUAUGAAGCAUACGGGAAUUUCUUCCACUAUUAAGAAACUAGAAGAUCUUAUGCCAGUUCUGGUCAACUGUUUCCUGGAAUUUACUUCUUCAGUUCGUCAAAUGCCAGUGCUGGAAACACAGUCAUUUGAUUGUAUGCAAUGUGCGCUGCAGAGCAUUGAUCUUGUGUGCAAGUUUUUCUUUUAUGGGACUAAUAAGCAUCAAACAGCCUAUGAUGGAUCUUAUGCGAUGGCGUGUGGUGAGAAUGCCAUGCCAGUGUUCUUGAGGAAGUUGUUGGAAGUAUUUCCCCUUAACUCAAAACAGGAUGUCUCAGAAAAGGAUCAUGACAGAUAUUUUAUCUUGAAUGCUGGAAUUACUGAAAUCUUUUUGCAUUUUAGUGGAUGGAACUGUACUCAUGCUAUUUUGAUGGAAAAGUUCCUAGAGUUUAUGGAAACUUCAGUGUCUGGGCAGAUUAGUUGUAAUACACGGUCUAGUAAAGCGCUCAGAGAAAAGCAUUUAGUUUCACUGCUGCAAUUUUUUCCAAAACUUCUAUCUCAAAUCACUGGCAAUUGGAAAUCCCGCCUUCUACAGGCAUUCACCAAAGCUUUUAAGGAUUGCAAAACAGAGUCUUCUCUGAAGUUGGCUUGCCUUUCUGUAAUCAAGGAAAUGCUACUUCCAUCAAGGAUGCAAGGCACGCUGCUCUUAGAUGCAACUGACACUGAGAUAUUGGACCAUCAGAUUACUUGGAUACGUGAGCUUCCCUUAUUGCUUCUCCAGUUUGGUGACAAACACCUUUCAUCUUCUAAGGUAGUUUUGCAUCUUCUCCUUCGCCUGGCACAAUUUGCUCCCAUGAACUCUUCCCUUGCUUGGGAAUAUGAAAAUAUGCAACAUUCAUUGCGAGACUUCUACUGUACGUGUCUGGACAAAGGAAGCAUAUGCUAUGGCCCUUUCAUAAAGCUUCCUAGAGAUUGCCAGGAACUUUCCAUCUGUUGCCUAUAUUACUUCUCUAGUCUGGAUUCAUUAAUGCUUAGAGCAUUAUCCUGUUGUUGCCUGAGUAAUAAUUUGGAGCCAUUUGUAUUAUUCAGAAUAAUAGAGGUUCUGCAGUCAGCCUAUAAAGCUGGACAUGUCCAGAUUGCAGACCAUCUCAGUUUCUUUGUUACCUUGCUGGCCUGUUUUAGAGUUUACCCUGAAAACUUCUAUCCUUCAUCUGGGAAUGAUGAGAAGAUUCUGAAUCAUGGAACUUUUAAGGCCAUCACAAGUGCGAUCUGCUCUUGCCUAUCACAGAUGGGUGAUGAUAAUCUUGUUCUUCAAACGCUGGAGAAAAUUAUUGUUGAUGAAAUAAGCCUCAACCUACCAUUAGUCAACAAGUGUGCACUGCUAAGAAUGCUUGUCGUUCUGGACUCUAAACCGACAAGACUUUCAGAGCAAAGCAUUAUCAAGCUAAGCAAAUCCCUGUCAGAAUACUUGAUUGAUGCUGCUUCUAGCAUUCCCGAGAACGACGAUGGUUCUAGUGAUUCUGUUCGACUACGCAAUUGCGUAUACCUUCUAAUCCCAUGCUUUUUCCUGUUUGAUAGAAGUGAUAAACUUUUAAAUCUUGUCCUGGAUUUGAUGGGAUCUUCAUUAGGUGAAAAUUAUUCAUCAGUUGAAUAUGCAUUUGACCUGUCACGUAAGAUUUGUGCAAUUUCUUCCGUCCUCCUAUUUAUGUAUAAGGAUGUGAAAAUCCAGCGAAGACUUCUUCUGUGUCAGGUUUCUGUUAACAGAAUUUUGCACAAUAUUCUCUUCCAGUCUUCAACUGAAACCAACAUGCCUCUUGAACAAAGGCAGAGAAUACAAUCUGCAGUUGAUCAACUACAAUCUGCAACCAGUAGAUUAUAUUGCUAGAAUGGUGAUGCACGUAAAUGUAUUCGUGGCACGUGAAGAGUAUAUGCUGGUUUAAGCGUUCAAAAAUUCCAAGAGCUGUGACAAGUUUUCCAUGGAGAUCACUAACAGCAUGAUAAAACACCUCAGAGACCACGUCAGUAUCGUGUGCAGUAGAUUCUGAUAAAAGCUACCAAGUACCCCAUGACUAAAUGUGGCACUUUGGUCAUAUAUUUCAUGAUGUAGCAUUGAUCUACUCUUGAGAUAUUACAGGGGCGCUGGCAUGGAAGUGGAUUGUUUUGGACCCGAAAAGUUUUCACAUUUUCUGGAUGUUCGGUAGCAACGGAUGAUCAAGCCAUGAAAUUCUCAGGUGACGGGUAAAACCAAUCCAUGUGCAAUAUUCAGGACGACGCUGAAUUUAAAUCACCCAAGUUAGCAGUUUAGAGCUGACGCCAGGAUAUCGAUGGCUAUACAUAUUUCACUGUAUAUUUCUUUAAGGCUUGAUGUUUCAAUUGAUCAUGAACUGUUGUACAAAAUCAAAGUAGGCUUAAGUAAGGGACUUUGGGUGCCAGUUUGGUGCAUGGAUUGAUUUCCUGUCAUAUGGAAACUUUAUUGGUGCCCAAAUUUUGUCCACUUGUAGUCAACUAGGCAUUGUCUCUUUCUUCAUUUGGCUUGUUACGGCUGGAAGUUCACUAUGUUUUUAGGGAAAAGGCGUACGCCACGCCUACUCACAUGAAUUUUUAUAUUAUUUUUUUAUAGAAAGAAAAAUAAAGAUUAAAUAAAUCAAUGUGAGAGGGUGUAGAGUACCCUGCUUGGUCAGACAA